AUGGACAUCUCACAGAACAAUCUUUCUGGUCCAAUACCUGGUUGCUUAAGCAACAUCACUUUUGAGAUAGCAUCUGAUAAAUCUCUUUUAUCAACGGACUGUAUUGGAAGUUCUCCAACAGUAGAGGGAUUGUUCUCAUAUGCAGAGGGGAAAAAGUUGACUGAUAUGGAACAGCAUGUGAAUGUUGAGAAGUAUCCAUUAUUGGAUGUGCAACAAGAAGUGGAGUUCUCAACCAAAAGUAGAUCAUAUACAUACAAGGGUGACAUCCUGAAUUUCAUGUCAGGAAUUGAUCUUCCUUGCAACCAACUCUCAGAUACCAUCCCAUCUGAGCUUGGAAACUUAAGCGAGGUCCAUGCAUUGAAUUUGUCUCAUAACAUGAGUGGAUCAAUCCCAACAACAUUCUCGAGCCUAAGAAAAAUGGAGAGUUUGGAUCUUUCCUACAACUACUUGAAUGGGAGAAUCCCCCCACAGCUAAUCGAGUUGAACUCUCUGGCGGUGUUCAGUGUGGCACACAACAAUUUAUCAGGAGAAAUUCCAGAGCAGAAAGCUCAAUUUGCGACCUUCGAGGCAAGUAGCUAUGAGGUGUGGACCUCCUUUAUAUAA